UUUCUGCUAGAACGAACGUUUAGCGACGGAAAGAACCUGCAAAUUGCUUUAAAAAAUAAGCCAUACCCAUAAAAUGUCUUCAAGACUGACUGAUCAGCGUUUUAAAAGGGGUGACGAAAGGGUGUUUCGGCAGCGUUGGAAGAGGGAACAGAGAGAUAACUACGAAAGAGCUGUGGAAACAAAUGAAAAGUAUCAACGCCAAGGCAAGCUCAGCCCCUUGCGGAGCCCUUUACGACCAGAAGUGGAGAACAAUGGAAGACGUAGUUUGAGGGAGAGAGAAAGAUGUGAUAAGGAUGCUGACUUUGAAUCGCCAAGCGACUGGGCAACAGAGGUAGAGAACUGGGAGCAGUCGGGGAAAACUCAAGGGAGAAUAAGUGAAAGGCCAAGAAGGCGAUUAAGAAUGUCACGGGAUCAAAGUAAAGAAAAUGAGAUGGAGCUGGAGAAGGAUGAGGAGGUCCUGAACAGGAGGCAGAAAGCCAUUGACUACGGCAAGAACACUCUGGGUUAUGACAGAUACACUAGCUUGGUCGACAGAAUGAAACGUAAAUCGGGCAAUCCUAAGACACCAAAUAAAUACCAGAAAUGUAGUCGUCGUUCUUGGGAUCAGCAAAUUCGCUUGUGGCGCAAGCGGUUGCAUGAGUGGGAUGUGGAAGGAUCGCGAAAAAGAACUGCUUCGGAGCAAAGUUCUGACACCCUGGCAUCAGACUCUGCCUCCAUCAGCUCCCUAAGCCUGGAGGAUGGGGUGAUGAAGGAUGUGGGUGGGGAUGCCCGUUCUGUGUGCUCUGUCAGCCCUUCUGAGGCUCGGCCUGUAGGGAGUUUGGGACCAGAGACCUUCAGCCCACCCUGUAAAUAUCUGGCUGCUCAGGACUUUGAACCAGCUGUCCUCUCUGUGCUGCCAGAGUUGUCUGCCCCUGGAAUCAUCGUCCAGUCAGCUAACCAGGCUGAGGACAGUGGAGCAUCCUCAUCAGUUGAGAACUCCACCCAGGCCGUCUUCAGCCUUCAUGAAAAGAAGGCCCAUCACCGUGCUCAAAGGUAUAACCGAGCCAAGUCCACGGAAGAAAGUGCUAAACCUGCCAAUGAUUUUUUCUCUGAUUUUUCCUUGGAUAACUAUUUGAUGGUGGAUGAUCAACAAGAUAUAUUCUAACAUUAUCCUCUUAUAUGUUGCCUCAUAACCUGAAGCUUUAGUUUCUCAUGUUCAGCUGUUGAAUUGUGUCUAUCUAUAAUAGAUUUAUAGAUUAUCUAUAGAUCAAGAAGUAUGUCUGUUACUAUGGAAGUGUACAAAAUAAAAUUGUAUAAAGGCUGAUUUCCACUGAAAGUCACCACCACAAAGGCUCAUCAAAAUGCCUUACAAACGGAAUGUUUAAUAGUGUGGUACAGUUCCACCAGAUUCAAUGAUGUCACUGGUAUAACUUUUAUUCUUCUCUCACAUUUUUUUUAACACUACACAGCUAUGGGCU